GAACUACCCCCUGUGCAUGAGCGCCUGGAAGCUGGGGCCUGCGCUGGGCUUUGGCAACACAGUCGUUCGGAAGCUGGCCGAACAGACGCCGCUCUCCAUGUUGUACCUUGCCUGGCUGAACAAGGAGGCCGGUUUCCCUCCAGGCGUCAUCAACAUCAUCAGCGGAUACGGUCGCGAGGCAGGCGCCGCCCUCGCCGGACACCCGGGCGUCGACAAGUUGGCCUUGACCGGCAGCACGGCCAUGAGCAGGGAGGUCAUGGGGCUCGCCGCCGGCACCCUGAAAACCGUCACCGCUCGAGACGGCCGGCAAGUCGCCCCCCUGAUUGUCUUGGACAACGCCGACCUCGACCGGGCCGUCCGCUGCUCCCGCGAGAGCACGCGAGAGCAUCAUGAGCAAACGGGGGUUGCGCAUCCUCGUCCACGAGGCUGUGUACGAGCCGUUCUUCGCGAAGUUCACCGCCGCCGUAGUGCGGUUCCGGGCCGAGGAGGAGGCGUUGGCGAUGGCCAACGGACUCGCCUUACGGGCUGGGCGCUGCCGUCUUCACCAGGGACCUGGCGAGGGCGCACCGCGUCGCGAGGGAGGUCGAGGCCGGCAUGGUGUAGGUGAACAGAAGCAAUGACUCGGACGUCCGGGUGCCGUUCGGCGGCGUGAAGCAGAGCGGCAUCGGGAGGGAACUGGGCAAGGGCGGGCUGCUGGGAUACUGUAACAUGGAGGCGGUGCACGUUAACUUGACGAGCGAGUGAGGUCGCCUGGAGGGGAUUGCUGGUGGGGGACGUCUGAUAAGGACUGUGUGCAUGAAUACUUAUGUAUGUUCUCUCCCAGGUAGUCUGGUUUCGUUUUGUAGAACACUUUGGGGAGGAGGCCAGGCCAGCACUACCAACUAGGUAGAUAGACGAGGUGAAUAAGGAUAUUAGACGUAUUCAAGUUUACCGCUU